AUAGAACCCGGUAGGCCACGCCCACACCCACCGGCGCGCCUUGCCUCGGGAUGGCCACGCCCCUUAGCCCGCCCCGCGGCGCAUUGUGGGAUCUGUCUCGCCGCAGGGUGUAGGACUACGCGCUUGGUCAUGGGGAUGCAGCCGAGCCUAAGCCUUCUGGCCUCGCUGGGGGUGGGGGUGCUUACUCUGCUUGGCGUGGCUGUGGGCACUUACUUGGUGCGAAGGUCCCGCCGGCCGCUGGUCACUCUUCUGGACCCCAAUGAGAAGUACCUGCUGCGACUCCUGGAUAAGACGACUGUGAGCCACAACACCAAGAGGUUCCGCUUUGCCCUCCCCACCGCCCACCACAUUCUGGGGCUGCCUGUGGGUAAACAUGUCUACCUCUCUGCCCGAAUUGAUGGCAGCUUGGUCAUCAGGCCAUACACUCCUGUCACCAGUGAUGAGGACCGAGGCUACGUGGAUCUUGUCAUCAAGGUCUACCUGAAGGGUGUACACCCCAAGUUUCCUGAGGGAGGGAAGAUGUCUCAAUACCUGGAUAGCCUGAAGAUUGGAGACGUGGUGGAGUUUCGGGGGCCAAGCGGGCUGCUUACUUACACUGGGAAAGGGAAUUUUAACAUUCAGCCCAACAAGAAAUCUCCACCAGAGCCCAGAGUGGCAAAGAAACUGGGAAUGAUUGCUGGAGGGACAGGAAUAACCCCCAUGCUACAGCUGAUCCGGGCCAUCCUGAAAGUCCCUGAAGAUCCAACCCAGUGUUUUCUGCUUUUUGCUAACCAGACUGAAAACGACAUAAUCCUGCGGGAGGACCUGGAAGAACUACAGGCCCGAUAUCCCAAUCGCUUUAAGCUCUGGUUUACUCUGGACCAUCCCCCAGCAGGUUGGGCCUACAGCAAGGGCUUUGUGACUGCUGACAUGAUCCGAGAGCACCUACCUGCCCCCGGGGAUGAUGUGCUGCUGCUGCUCUGUGGGCCACCUCCGAUGGUCCAGCUGGCCUGCCAUCCCAACCUGGACAAACUGGGCUACUCGCAAAAGAUGCGAUUUACCUACUGAGCAUCUCCUAGCUUCCCUGGACGCAUAUCUCAACUCUCCUCCAUCAGCGCUCAAAUAUUAUGAGCUGUAGAGUCCUUUCCCGAAAUUGUCCAUUUUGCAAGUUACUCUGAAGCUAAAAUGCGGCUAGCACUCUGGAGCUGCAAAAGAGGGCCAAGGCCAAGGUAUUCCCUAGAAGGCCCCCACAUCUCCCUGUGUUGAGCAGCCCCAGUGAAGCCCAUGGAGAAGCAUCUCUCUUGGGGUCAGAAAGAAGGGAGCAUGCACAUGUGUUCCAAGCCUGGCUCAUUUCUUGACAGUAUUAUACUUGGCCUCCUUUAUGUCUGUGUUGAAAGGAGUACAAAGAGUUUUACUUAAUAUUCAGUAUUUAACCCUUGGACAAAUUCUGUUUAUGUGAGUGCAAGUUGAGUGACCUACAGAGAUAGUUUUAUAGAGAUAGUAACAACGGAUGAAAUAGUUUCUUCAGAACGCCGGGCCUCAAAGAAAAGAGUCUGAGAUAUAUGUUUGUGCAUCUGUCUCUCUUGACUGCUGCCCAAACUAAAGGGAAAAGGCUACCCACAACCUAAGACUGCUGCUCAUACAAGGAACCUCUGGCUAUUCAAAUAAAUGGGGCUGAGGCCCAGUGUGAUACUUAA